AAAUUGGGCGGGAAGGAGCAAAAGAGGAUUAGGCGCGCGCCGUGGCGGUUCCUGUCCUCACAGUCGCGCGGCCGGGGAACCGCUAUUGCGCGAGGGGAAGGUGGGACGCCCAGGUCGGUGUUAGGCCCAGAAGAAUGCCCCCGUUUUCACAGCCCACAUUCGCGUCUCUUUCCCACCCCGGUACUCCCCUCCCGCCCGGGCUGCGAGGCGAGCUGCGCGUCGGUCCAUCUUUUAAGCAUACAGCUGAACUUCAUUUUUUCACUUUGAGAGGAUCUUUUAACAGGAACCUUCAAAACCAUACCAUCAAACUGUUGCACUUAUGAAAAUUGGCCAGUGAUUCUUUCUACAGCUUCCUCAUAUAACCUUUACUGCCUCUUGUCUUAGCUCUUGGGGCCAUUUCUGAGCAAUAGAGGUUACAAGUACCCCACUGAACAGCUAGUUCCAAAUCCUGUCAUCAAAUCCUGUGCUCCUGUUCUGUAUGGUAAUGCCUAUAUUUCCUUUAUGUAAAAGAAAUGAGUGUAACUAGUAUUGCAUUAAGAGUUGAAACCUGGCUUUUAGCUACAUGGCAUGUUAAAGUGCCUUUAAUGUGGCUGGAAGCUUGUAUUAACUGGAUCCAAGAAGAAAAUGAUAACGUUAACUUGAGUCAGGCACAAGUGAAUAAACAAGUGUUUGAGCAAUGGCUCCUUACUGAUCUGAGAGAUUUGGAGCAUCGUCUUUUACCUGAUGGCAUUUUAGAAGUUCCGAAAGGAGAACUGAAUGGAUUUUUUGCUCUGCAGAUUAAUUCACUGGUUGAUGUAAGUCAACCUGCAUAUGCCCAGAUACAAAAAUUGAGAGGAAAGAAUACAACCAAUGACCUAAUUACAGCUGAAACACAAGUAACCCCAAAACCUUGGGAAGCAAAGCCUUCACGGAUGUUGAUGCUACAGCUAACUGAUGGAAUUGUACAAAUACAGGGAAUGGAAUAUCAGUCUAUUCCAGCUCUUCAUAGUGAUCUUCCUCCAGGUACAAAAAUUUUGAUUUAUGGAAACAUUUCUUUCCGUCUUGGUGUUCUCUUAUUGAAACCAGAAAAUGUUAAGGUGUUGGGAGGAGAAGUAGAUGCUCUUUUAGAGGAAUAUGCCCAAGAAAAAGUUCUUGCAAGAUUAAUUGGGGAACCUGAUCCUAUAGUUCCAGUCAUACCAAAUAAUUCUAACCAAACCAUCCCCAGAAUUACAGAUGAUCUACAUCCUGCGUCAGGACCUUCUGAUGAAGAACUCUUGGCAAGUCUUGAUGAAAACGAUGAGCUUGCAGCAAAUAAUAACACCUCUUUGGAAAGAAGUUGUUUUAGCACAGGUAGUUUUUCAAAUACUGUUCCCAUCAGACAGUCAGAAUUUGAACCAGGACUUGUUAUUUCUCCAAGACCAGAGGACAGACCACGAAACCAAUCUAUGCUUUUUACUGAUGAGGAAUUAGAUGACUUUUCGUUGGAGGAGGUGUUGCUUUUAGAACAAGCUGUCCAGAAAGAACAAAUGGAGACCAAAGAAGUACAGCCAUUGACUUUGAACAGGACUACAGAUGAAAGUAUAGAGAGAUUUUCACAUAGAUCUAACACUGUGAAUAAUUUUUCUUUGAUUUGCAAAAAUGGAAACAAUAAUUGGAAUGAAAAUAAUUUAUCUGAGCAAAUGACUAAUGAAGACAAAUCUUUUAGUUGUCCAUCUGCUAGAGACCAAAACAGUAGUAUUCUUUCAGUUAGUCAUAAUGUACCCCUACCCCCUGAUUUUACAAAUAAAGAUAAGAACUCAGAGACAUACAAUGAAAUAAAACAAACCAGCAGUUCAGAUGGACAUUCCUUAAAUAAUAAAAUAUUAGAUGGAGAGCUGGUCAAUUGUGUCCCAGAAAGGCGUUCACACAUUUCUCAUAAAAAUGAGCACCAUUUACAGACUUGUUCUUUAAGAUCAUCAGAGAAUAGCACUAAUCUUUCUGUCACCAUGGAUUUGUAUUCUCCACCUUUCAUCUAUUUGUCUGUUCUAAUGGCCAGCAAACCAAAGGAAGUUACAACAGUAAAAGUCAAAGCAUUUAUUGUAACCUUAACUGGAAAUCUCUCAAGUUCUGGUGGCAUUUGGAGUAUAACAGCAAAAAUUUCUGAUGGUACUGCAUAUCUAGAUGUAGACUUUGUAGAUGAAAUACUUACUAGUCUGAUAGGGUUUUCAGUACCAGAAAUGAAACAGUUAAAAAAGAAUCCUUGUAAAUACCAAAAGUUCCUGGAAGGUUUGCAGAAAUGUCAGAGAGCUCUAAUAGAUUUGUGCUGUCUAAUGACUAUUUCAUUUAAUCCCUCCUUGUCUAGGGCAAUGGUACUGGCAUUACAAGAUGUUAAUAUGGAGCACCUUGAGAACCUAAAGAGGCGAUUACAGAAAUAAUUUACUAAAAUGAUUAUUAGAAAACAAUUAAAAAAAACCAAGGAAAUAUUUAGAAUUAAAUUUGUCCUUUUGCAACUUUCUUUUUGUAAAAGGGGAAAGGGAAGUUUCAUAACUGAUUUCAGUUUAAUUUUAAAAUGUUUAAUCAUGUUUAUGUGUUUAAGUUUUUUUAAUAAAAGUUUUUAUAGUGACUAUUUGCUGAAGGAAUUUGAUGACCCACUGUUGUUGAGAAAUUUUGUUUUUCACUUGUUAUUUCACGUAAGCGGACUGCUAACGUAUUGUAUUGGUAUUUAUUGAUGAGUCAUACUGUUGAAAGUUAACAAUUAUAAAUAGGUAGAGUACUUCUAGUAUGUGGAGUACCCCAAAAGAUUUGUUACAUUAUUUUUCUUAGGAAAAAAUGUAAAUCCAGUGGAUUAGAAUGUCAGACUUUCAGAUGCAGAUUGUUUUGCUGGUUUUUAUUUUGCUGAUUGUGAAUAGCUACCUGAUAUAUUUAAAGCAAAUAUUAUCUUAACUAGAUACUAUUUCAGAGAUUAUAUUGAAUAGUUAAAAACCUUAUUUUCAAGGAUAAUCUAUUAUUAAGAAGAUCCAGUAAGUAUUUUUUUUUUCUUUUUCUUUCUUUUUUUUUUUUUUUGAUUAAAAGGAUGCAGAUGCAGAGAAUGGACUGGAGGACACAGGGUUGGGGGGGCGGGGGGCGAAGGGGAAGCUGGGACAAAGUGAGAGAGUAGCAUAGACAUAUAUAUACUACCAAAUGUAAAAUAGAUAGGUCGUGGGAAGUUGCUGUAUAACAAAGGGAGAUCAACUCGAUGAUGGGUGAUGCCUUGGAGGGCCUG